AUGGCAUAUGAUGGCCACAUCUCGCUGCGGCUCAAGCACGGCAUUCACACAAUCUACAUGUUUGCAGAUGCGCACGCGCCCAUGUCUGAAGUUACGCAGGAGCUGGUUGAACUUUUGAGAGAACGGUACCCAGACGGGCUCACCACGGCUAUUGCACCACCCAAGACCAUGACAGUCCCUUCAGACCCCAAACUCGCCUACGCGGUUCUCAACGUCCCCAAUGACCCUUCACGGGGAUGGAAGAGAAUCAAGACAGGCGAGGACGAAGUCAACACACCGACAAAAUCCGGGCUAAAGAACAACAGCAUCGUUGCUUUUACGUUUAUUUCAGACGAUCAAGACGAGGACGACGUGUUAUUCGAGGUGGAAUGGCCAAAGGACGACGACGAAAUGUACGAGCAAGCGGGGUGA